UUUUUAGAAAAACCCACUCGGAGUCUACCAUAAGCCUUCCAGGACAACACAGGCAGCUAUUUUUCCUGCCCUCACUUUUGUAUUAUUUGUCUUUUAUUUUGUUUUCAUCUAUAACUUCAAGUGUUGCUAUCACUGAACAUCAGAGAACGGAAGCAACAAUACAGCAGUCUGUAAAGGAAGCAUGUCACUCUCUGUCUCUCUGCGCUUUCUCUGUGUGAUCCUGAUUGCUCUCUGGGGCAGCAGUUGCUUCACCAAAGCCGUCCCAUUCAACAUGUCCUUGGAGGGUAGUGGGGAUGAACCUGAACUCAUCUUCCCCAUUGCUCAGACCACCCAAGUCCCCCCUUCACCCUCCCCUUCUCCAAACAUCACUGCCACCUUCAUCCGCAUAAAAGACUUCAUCUUCAACCAGGUGGUGGACUUCCUGAAGGAGAACUUGCUGCUCAUUAUUGUCAUGACCUCUCUCUUAGUAGUCAUCAUCUUCAUCGUCUGCUGUGCCUCAGCAAUGAGCCACAAACGCAAACUUGAAGCCUACUAUCCACCGAAGAACUAUGCGCCCAGGAAAUACAUGAGCCAACCCAACAGGGCUAUGGAGAAGCUGCAACAGACCAAACCUCAAAACCAGAUCCAUGAUGGCAAGACGACAGCUGCAAAGACUCACCGAGAACCUUCUAAAGCACUGGUAGGGGAGAAGGAAGGGAAAGACCCCCGACCAAGGCCAAAGGAGAUCCAGAAAGUGGAGGACGUUGAAGAGGUGGAGAUACAGAAAGAUGACACCAAGAGAGAGGAACCUCAGCCAGGCACCUCAAAUGCCACUUCAAGUCAGCCACUGGUCUGUACCUGCCAUCUCAGAAAGGCCAAUCCCUCUACAGCAUGAGAGAGCUUUUUCAAAAAUGGUUAGGAUUAACCUCGAUUCCAUACCUGUCUAUCUGAAUACUUUUCAACUGUUAGAUAUUCAUCUUUUGGUAAGCUCCCAUGUGCUUUCCUUGCUUUCCAACUUUAUGAGUACUAACAGAGAGAGAGAGAGAGAGAGAAAAUGCUGUGUGUGUGUGUUUUGGUAACACUUUACAAUAAGGCUGUAUUUGUUAACAUUAGUUAACUACAUUAGUUAACAUGAACUAACAAUUAAUAAUUAUUUUACAACAUGUAAGGUUAAUGAUAAACAUACAGUAUACUAAUACAUUUAGCAAAUGUUAACAUUAAUUAACAAAGCAUAAUGAACUUACAUGACCUAAAAAUGAACAAUUGGAUUUUUAUAAAUUAACAUUAACCAAGAUUAAUAAAUGCUCAAAGUAUUUUUAAUUGUUAGUUCACGAUACACAAAUGUAUUUAUUAAUGUUAACAAAUAGAACCUUAUUGUUAAGCGUUACUCAUGUUCCAUUUCUUUAAAUAUAAUUAUUCAUAAGAAGAAAAGAAAGCUUAUUUCUACAGUCUGACAAUAAUUUUGAUGUGCUUUUGGAAAAGAAUAUUGUAUACAUAAAUAGCAAACUUGAAAUUAUUUUGUAAAUCUCUUUCUAGUUUUGAGAAACUUUUGUCUUUUGAAACUUUUGGACCAUUUUCCAUGAGAUAUAUUAUAAACGCAACGUUUAUAUGCAUGGUAAUAAUUUAUACAAUAUUUUCUAAAGUUGUUGUCUGGUGUUGUACAUUAUGAUAUUGUUUUAUCUAAACCGAGUCAAGACUUUCCUCAAUAUUUAAUUCAUGUUGUUAUUUAUUGUCAGUUAUCACAUUCCAAGAUUUUGUCAUAGUACAAAUGAUCUGUCCAGUAUCUCCUAAAUAAAAUCACAGAUAUAACAUGAGGUAGAUAAAGAGUCCAGAGUUGUUACAUAUAUACUACAUAAUGAAUUGUUCUUUGCUUGUGUGUCAACUUUAGAAAAAUAAAUAAAUACAAUAAAAUA